CACGCGCCGUGCGGACAGGCUGCUCUGGGGCCGGCCGGACGGACAGUGGCAGCGCCGCGGGAAUUUUCCACUGCGGCGUCGCGCUUCCUCUCACUCGUUUCUUUUAGGAAAGGAAACGACACCUCAUCUCAUCUGUAAAUAAAAGAAAAAAAAAUACAAGACGACAGCCAACAGAACAAAUCAUUCCUGUUUAUCUCACCCCCCGCCCCCCGCCGCCCUCUCUCCGUGAAACCGAGAGCAGGCCAACAUCAGACAGGAGCAGGAGCGGGCGACGACGGCUCCAACAUGUCGCAGUUCGUCGAUCAUUUCUGGGGGGAAAAGAACAAUGGCUUUGAUGUCCUUUAUCAUAAUAUGAAACAUGGUCAAACAUCGACAAAAGAUUUGGCAGACUUCAUAAGAGAAAGUGUAACAAUAGAAGAUAUUUAUUCAAGGUCUAUGACCAAAUUAGCCAAAACAACAAGUAACUACAGUCAGCUGGGAACAUUUGCACCGGUAUGGGAUGUUUUAAAAUUGUCAACUGAGAAACUAGCCAGUAGCCAUUUAGAUCUAGUACGAAAACUGCAAGAAUUAAUUAAAGAAGUACAGAAGUAUGGAGAUGAACAGACCAAGGCGCACAAAAAGACAAAAGAAGAAGUGGCAGGAACCUUGGAUGCUGUACAGAAUAUCCAGAGCAUCACUCAGUCCCUGCAGAAAUCAAAAGAAAACUACAGUGUCAAGUGUGUAGAAUAUGAAAGAUUAAAAAAGGAAGGAGCAACACAGAAAGAAAUAGAAAAAGCAGUUGUGAAAUCUAAAAAAGCUACAGAAACUUAUAAAUUGUAUGUGGAAAAAUAUGCUGCAGCCAGAACAGAUUUUGAGCAGAAAAUGACAGAAACAGCUCGGAAAUUUCAGGAAAUUGAAGAAGCUCAUCUUAGGCACAUGAAAGAAAUAUUGAGUUCUUUUGCACAAUCAAUAGAAGAGACUCACAUACAGAUUGGUCAGGUGCAUGAUGAGUUAGUACAGAACAUGGAGAGCACUACAGUUGAGAGCUUAAUACAAAAGUUUGCUGAAACAAAAGGCACUGGCAAAGACAGACCUGGUCCUGUUGAAUUUGAAGAAUGUAAUGUAACCAAUGCUCUAGAAGGGGUGAAAAAGUCAAAAAGAAAACCUUUUGGGAUACCAGGACGGAUAAAAAAAGAAAAAGAUGCAGAUUCAAUGGAAUCUCCAGAUGCUGAUUCAGUUAAUAUUCCAGAGGUGGAUGAAGAGGGUUACUGUAUCAAGCCAGAAGUGAACCAAAUUAAUGCCAAAGAAAACAAUUUCUACUCAUCAAGUGAUUCAGGCUCUGAGGAUGAGGAACCCAGGAAGUUCCAUGUGCAAAUCAAACCUGUUCAACCAAAUAAUGGUACUAACCACACAUUGGAAGAACUGAAAGCAUCCAUUGGGAAUAUUACACUUUCUCCCUCCCCAUCUAGGCAUAGCCCGAAUGCAAUGAAAAGAAAUUCAUCUAGUGAAGAGCUGGUUCGACCAAGAUCAUGUGUUCCAUCACCUGACGCCAGAAGGGUCAAUAAUGACCUGUUUUCACUGGAUCCGUUGUUUGGACCUCCACUUGAUUCCUCGUCUUCAUCCACAUCAACAACUUCAUCAGUCUCACCCCCAGCAAGACCUACCACCCCACUUAAUACAAGUAUGAUUGUGCCACCACCUCGUCCCACUUCCAGACCAAAGCUUUCGGCGGGAAAACUGGGUGGAAUUAAUGAAAUAUCUAGAUCAUUCAGUCCUACGUCAAUGUCAUCUACCAGUCCACCUCCUGUAGCCCCACUGGCACGUGCAGAAAGUACAUCCUCAAUCGGGUCCUCUGCUUCACUGAGUACAGCAACAACACCUACCAUUGGCACUUCUCGUGGACCCAGUCCAAUAAGUCUUGGGACACAAGAUUCCUUACCAGUUGCAACUGCUUUCACAGAGUCAGUUAAUGCUUAUUUCAAAGGAGCAGACCCAUCAAAAUGCAUAGUCAAAAUCACUGGUGAUAUGACCAUGUCGUUUCCAAGUGGAAUAAUUAAAGUUUUUACCAGCAAUCCAUCACCAGCAGUGCUUAGCUUCCGAAUACGGAAUACCAACAAAUUUGAACAAAUCCUCCCAAAUGCACAGCUUGUAUAUAGUGAUCCAUCACAGAAUGAUUCAAACUCAAAGGACUUUUGGAUGAACAUGCAAACUCUCACUGCCUACCUCAAAAAACUGGCUGAACAGAACCCAUCUUCCUCCUAUUAUAAUGUGGACAUCCUGAAAUAUCAGGUAUCUUCCAAUGGUAUCCAAUCAACACCACUAAACCUAGCUACAUACUGGAAAUGCAGUCUUACCACUACUGACAUUCGAGUGGACUACAAAUAUAACCCAGAAGCUAUGGUUUCUCCUUCUGUGCUAUCAAAUGUUCAGAUUUUGAUGCCAGUAGAUGGUGGAGUUACUGGCAUGCAGUCACUGCCUACAGCUAUUUGGAAUGCAGAACAGAAGAAGGCCUUAUGGAAGCUGUCUGAAAUUUCGGAGAAAUCUGAAAAUGGAGGUUCUGGAUCCCUCAGAGCAAAAUUUGACGUGUCAGAAGGUCCAACCAAGCCAUCAACUCUUGCAGUCCAAUUUCUCAGUGAAGGAUCCACACUAUCAGGAGCAGAUGUAGAGCUUGUAGGCACUGGUUAUAGACUUUCUUUAAUAAAGAAGAGAUUUGCUACAGGCCGAUACAUGGCAGAUUGCUGACAGUUCCAUCAGCACAUUGAACCUUGGUGAAGGACAAGUUGACUGUCAGGUGUUUAUUUUGAUGGUACAUUUGUACUUGCCUUCCAGCUACAAUUAGUACUGCAUUCAGGAGUACAAAAUGGACAAGAAGAGUAUUUUCAAGGAUAUGAAAACUUUAAAAUUUAAAUUCUGCCUUUGCCUGUUUUGGUCAUUGGAUUAUAAGGAAAAUCCAUACUACACAAUUUAAACAUGCACUUUCUUUUAGAAAAAAAAGUCAUUUUGGGGGAGAAUAAGUUGUAUUUUUAUUACAUUAAAUUAGCACUGAUGUGAUUUUCAACACUGUUUAAUUUUUUGAAACCUGCAAUAUUCAGGAAGUAUAAAGUAAAUGUCUUUGAAUACAUGAUUUUAUGUAGACUUUAAUGAAGAGCAACAAGUGAUCAGUAGUUAUGCUGAAAAUGUAAAAAUGUAUAAUGUAUAUCAAACACACAUAAAUAUAUAUAAUAGAAGAACCAGCAUUAACCAUUUGCCUUCACUGUGCUUCUAUUGUGUAAACAUAUAAAAUUUUACAAAUUACCAAGUUUAGCUGAUUGUAAGGUUUGCUCUUGCAACAAAAAAAAUUUAAAUCAAUGAUAAAUCUAUAAGUUACAGAAAUUUAUAUAGGUGAAUAUGAACUGUUCUACAACUUUUCUGAUUCAAUGUUAUAUUCUUGUGCCAUACAAGGAGGUAAUUUUCUGAAGGGUGGUACCAUGUACGUCAUAAACUAACAUAACGCAAAGUUUUGGUCAUGAUUGUAACUGGAGAAUAUUUGAAUGAUGGUGAGUUGUAGUGCUUGUUACAGAACUCUUAAGGACUCUGAACUCUUACCCCGAAGCAAGGAUUGUUGGGAGUUGGUAGGAUGAAAAAUCAUCUGGCACUAUACUAUUGGCAAGUGACUUUCGUAGUCUUCAGAUUAAUUCUGAAACAUUGCUGCAGACCAUUAAAUUAUUUGUGUAUUUGGAUUGUUAGUGCAUAUCCAAUUGUCAAUUUGUGGGUUAUUAAUUUUUAAGUUUUUAUACACAUGCAGAUAUAAUAAAACCAAGUUAUGAUACCAAUGAUCAUUGCAAAAAAUUUUCAAAUUUGCGAAAAGGCCCACAAUGUCACAAGCAGUACAAAAAAAGAGUUCAGAACAAACUGCCAGUUCAUUGCAAGAUGAAGAAUACUGAAUUGUUUUUAUUUACAGUGCAAUUAAUGAAUAGAUUUCUGUAUAAUUGAAUUCUCACUAAUCCCUAUAAAAUUGGCUACCAAUCAUUUGGGACCUAUUGCCAUUACUGCUUUAUCCACUCAGUGCGUCCUCCUACUGUGGGCUUCCUGUUGUCAAUAUAGAUGCACUAAAACAACUGUCAAUAGUUGAGAAUAUUUUGUGAAGACUGAGAAUGUAGUUGCUGGUCUACAGUUACACAUAUUUUUGUUGUCCAAAAGAUAGCAGCAUUUUAAAAAAAAUUAUCAUAGGGGUGGUAUUCCAGUACUUUCUUGAACUGGGAGUGCCUGGAUUUAUCUGUCCUUUUUUAAGUGUACUUGUGUUACUUCAGAAAUUAAAUAAAUGUCAUCUGGUAUUUCGCCAGGUUAUCUUGUUGAGCAAAACUGGAAGUGUUUUUAUAUCUUGCAGAGUUUCAGGUCAAUUUAUUAUUUUGCCUAAUUGUGUAUACACACACAGAUAAAAGCUCUUUAAAAACCCCAACACACAAUGUACUGAAGCUAAGGUUCACGUGCCAGCAUUGAGACUUAUUUUAUGGAAGUUUGUUUUUCAAAACAAAAAGUGCCUUUAUGUCAAUUAUUGUGCCACUAGGUUUUUUCAAUGAAACUCUAUUAAGCUAAUUAUUCUUAUGUAUGAAUAUUUCAAAAACUUGUAUAUAAAUAUGCUAUAAUCCUUAAAUACUUUUGUAUUUGGACUUGGAAGGGAAAUGAAUGUGAUAAAACUGGAGUCUGUGGAAACAGUGUAUUUCAAAAAUGUUAUUUCUUUUGAUGGGCUAUUUGCAAUAAACUGUAGCCAUUGU